AGAAAUCGCUUGGCCGCCUCUGAUGCUUUGUCUCUCUCUUCAGCCACAGAGUCCUCUAAACCCUAAUUCUUUCGCCAUUGCUUUCGCUCUUUCUUUCUCACAAUAGCACUCGCACUCGCUCUCGCUCUUGGUUUCGUUUUCGAUUUAGAUUUUCGUUGAUUGCAGGGAGCUUGUGGGGUUAGCUGCUAUUUGCAUCUUUUCAAGGUGAAGGUGUCAACAUUGAAGUUUCUUUUAUGUCCGAACAGGCCACCUUCGAUUUGGGAUCGAUUGGGUUGCUAGGAGAGUAUUGUCCUUCAUUAAGAAAAAAGAACAGAUCCAUUUUUCAAAGGACUGGCUGUAUGCAUCUCGGGCCAUUUCUGGAACACCCUGAGUUUGAUGGUUGCAAUCGGGUGCAACCUUUUUUAACCUCUGAAGACCAGUCUUCUCUUGUCCUGGAAUCCUUGGAAGACAAUUUUGCCAUUGCCCAUAGUUCGAAUCUCUGCAUUUUCUCCCUGUGACACCCAAGUUUAUUUGUUCUUCAAAUUUUGCACUGUAGUCAAGAUGGCUUUACAGAACAUAGGUGCUGGAAAUAGUGAUGAUGCCUUCUACAGGUAUAAGAUGCCCAAAAUGAUUACCAAAAUUGAGGGCCGAGGAAAUGGCAUCAAGACAAAUGUAGUCAACAUGGUUGAUAUUGCAAAGGCUUUGGCAAGACCAGCCUCUUACACCACUAAGUACUUCGGGUGUGAGCUUGGAGCCCAAUCUAAAUUUGACGAGAAAACUGGGACUUCUCUGGUUAAUGGGGCCCAUGACACUCCUAAACUUGCUGGCCUUCUUGAGAACUUCAUCAAGAAAUAUGUCCAGUGUUAUGGUUGUGGAAACCCGGAGACUGAGAUUUUGAUUACUAAAACUCAGAUGCUCCAACUGAAAUGUGCUGCUUGUGGUUUUGUGUCUGAUGUGGAUAUGAGGGACAAGCUCACUACUUUUAUUUUGAAGAACCCACCUGAACAAAAGAAGGGAUCCAAGGACAAGAAAGCUAUGCGGAGGGCUGAGAAAGAGCGUCUGAAGGAAGGUGAAGCUGCUGAUGAGGAGAUGAAGAAAAUUAAGAAAGAGUCCAAGAAAAAGGGUACCACCUCUUCUAAGGAUGGCACGACAAAAGCCAGCUCUUCAAAGAAGAAAGCUAGUGGCUCUGAUGAGGAUCGCACAUCACCUACUCACAGUCAAGUUGAUGAGAAGGAAGAAGCCGAUGAGGAUGAGGAUGAUGACAUUCAGUGGCAAACUGAUACAUCCCUUGAGGCAGCUAAGCAACGAAUCCAAGAGCAACUGAGUGCUGUGACGGCUGAUAUGGUCAUGCUCUCUACAGAAGAGAUGGAGAAGAAGCCGAAAGCAGCAAACAGAGCAAAUGAAAGUACUGAAAAUGGAAACUCAGUCACACACAAAACUCUUGCUGAUGAGGUGAAAGAAAAUCUGAAGAGAGGUGUUUCAGCAAAGGAAUUGCAGUCUCUUCUCAGAUCACUUUCUGGGUCUGCGCAGGAAAAGAUGAAUGCUCUGAUUGAGGCAAUCUUUGUUGGUGUUGAGAAGGGGUUUGAUAAGGAAGUGGUCAAGAAGAAGAGCCUCCUUGCUGCUGCCUCAACUCAGGAUGAGGAGUCACAAUUGCUCUUGCUUCGUGCCCUUGAGAAGUUCUGGGGGAAGUCAAAGACAAGUGCACUGAAAGAAGUGGCUCUGGUAUUGAAAGCUCUUUAUGAUGCUGAUGUCUUGGAGGAAGAGUACACUGUACAGUGGUAUCAAGAAGGGCUGAAGGGAGGCAACAAGAACUCGCAGAUAUGGAAGAAUGCUCGGCCUUUCAUUGAUUGGCUCCAGAGUGCAGAGUCAGAAACUGAGGAGGAAUGAUGUGUUCUCAUUUCACUUAAUUUGCUUGCACGUUUACUUCCAUGUUUGUUACUACGAAUAAAUGGGUGUCUUCUGGUCUGUGUUUUUUUAUUAAUCUGGUAGUGUUGUGGACUACAAUUUGGUGUCCUGUACCAGAACUAUUAUUGUUAUUUUCGGCGAUGUGUUACCUAGUGUUGUGCUUUGUCUGGUUUGAUGUAAGAACAUUCAAAGCAGUUUGUUUAUGUCGCUAAACUUCAUUCUCUGUUAAAAAGGUGAAUGUAUGUUUGUUAUGAUUUAUGAAUUCAUGAUGACGUCUCUCUUUUGUCUCUGAA